CCCACGUAGGUGCUCAUAUCCGGAGAGACACGGAGACAGAGAGGGAGAGAGGGGGAGAGAGGCUGACGUCCCUCCCUUUUUUUUGGCAUUUUUUUUUUUUUGCUCUGCAGACUCGUGUGUGACAUAUCUGCUACCGGAUUUCCCAUUAACUUUAAAAAAAAAAAAAAAAAAAUUUUAUACACCAUUUUCAUUGUCGCAUCCCUCUGUCCCUCGAGUCUUUGGAAUGAACUGUUUUCCUGCCUGCGUCGUUUCCAUGUCAGCAUGGGAACUGCCGCGUCCAAGAGGAAGAAUUUAAGAAACGAUGCGAUAUCUUCUGUGGCAGCAAAAGUUAGAGCAGCGCGAGCAUUUGGAGAGAACCUGUCCCACACACACUCUGAAAACCGAAACGGAUCAGCUCAUCUUCUGUGUGACACCUUGGUGGGUCCUGACCCAGAGUCUCCAAGUGACAGGAUUGGCCCUAACAACAACAACCACCUCCAUCCCUGCACCAACGCAACCAAAGGCUGUGAGGACAAACCAAAGCCCAGCCUGGUGAAACAGCCACUGGGCUUGCUCCAGCCACCUCCGCCCUCCAUCACCAUUUCUACCAAGCCGACGCGGUUGUCCCUCGAGCGCAGCUUCUCAGCGGAGGAAGACCAGCAGAAGUGUGUCGAGUGCACCCUGCAGCCUGCCCGUGUGUACACCAUCACUACCCAGCACGGAUUGCUGAUGAGCAGCGGCCGGGGCAGCAAGGAGAGCCUAGAACUGGACGUCCUGAAGGAGAAGUCGGGGAGUGGCGGGGUGGGAUCCAGAGGUGGUUUGAUCCAGCCCUCCACUUCCCCUUCCUCGACCUCUUCAUCUCCAACACAGUACCACCACGCCAGCAGCAGCCGGGGCACCGGCAGCUGUGGAAGCAGCCACCACCACAGCAACCAUCACCACGGUAACCAUCACCACGGGAAACACGACCACCACGCCAUCGCGGGCACCAACGCGCCCUCCAGCAGCGGAGGAAGUAGUGGGGCAACUGGAAGCAGCGGUAGCAACCAGCAGCAGCAGUCUCUAAACAUGUCCGGGUCCCACUCCCAUCAUGGAUCACACCACUCCCACCAUCACCAUCACCUGUCUCAGCCCCCGCUGCAGACCUCCGUCAGCGCCCACAACAUCCGCAGCUGGGGCGAUGGUGGAAAAGGGGAGGCGGAGUGCAGCGGGCUGGCCUGCGAUUCGUGCAGUGGGGCCCCCUCGCGGAGCCAGGGUUCCCUGGACCUGGAGAGCGCUAGCCGAGAGGCAGGCAAGCAGCACAGACGCCUAGAGCGGAUGUGGAGUGUGGACCGGGUGACUGGGAUGGAGAGAGAGGACACCAACUGGUUCCCCAAGGAAAACAUGUUCUCCUUUCAAACUGCCACAACGACCAUGCAGGCGUGAGUGAACUUCCGGAAGCAUCUCCGUAUGGUGGGCAGCAGAAGGAUUAAAGCACAGACGUUCGCUGAGCGUAGAUCGAAGAGUUUCAGCCGUUCCUGGAGUGACCCCACCCCUGUCAAGACUGACUCUCCUCAUGAACCCAGAGAGAGCGGAGACCUGCAGACCUCCUGUGGCACCCUGGAUGAAGGAGGCCUCGACGACAACAUAGACUGGGAAGAGGAGAGAGAGAUGGAGCGGCUCGCCUGUGAGGGAGACGACUUUGUACCUCCCAAAAUCAUGCUGAUCUCCUCUAAAGUCCCCAAGGCGGAGUAUGUUCCUACUAUAAUCCGCAGGGAUGACCCCUCCAUCAUUCCCAUCCUCUACGACCAUGAACAUGCAACCUUUGAUGAUAUUCUGGAGGAAAUAGAGAAGAAGCUCACAGCUUACAGGAGAGGAAGCAAGUUCUGGAGGAUGCUCAUCUUUUGUCAGGGAGGCCCCGGUCAUCUGUAUUUACUGAAGAAUAAAGUGGCAACCUUCGCUAAGGUAGAAAAGGAAGAAGACAUGAGCCAAUUCUGGAGGAGGCUCAGUCGCUUCAUGAGCAAAGUCAACCCAGAACCCAACCUCAUCCACAUAAUGGGAUGUUAUGUCCUGGGCAACCCCAAUGGAGAAAAGCUGUUCCAGAAACUGAAGAAUCUGAUGAGGCCUUAUUCUGUCGAGUUCGAGUCACCGCUGGAGCUGUCUGCACAGGGCAAAGAGAUGAUUGAGAUGUACUUCGACUUCCGCCUCUACCGACUUUGGAAGACGCGCCAGCACUCCAAACUGUUGGACUAUGAGGAUUUUUUGUGACGAAGACACCAGGAUAGUGGGUGCAGCGGAGCCCUCCAGUGCCACGAGGAACCUGUUAAAACUGAUCCAAUGACUGAACAUUGCUCAACUGUAGUGCUCGACCCAACAGCUCAAUAUUAAACAGUCAUACCUGCUUUCAUCCUGGAGAGGGCUGGGAGAGGAUGGAGAGGGAUGGCAGGCCGAGGAGGCUGAAGACAAACUAAAUCAUGCUGCUCUGUUCUUCCUCAUUUCAAGAGUAACUUUCAAAGACUAACAAAAAGGGCCGAAACAAUACAAAUAAAAGAAAAAAAUGAGGAAAAAGCAGAGACAACUGGACUAUCUCUGCAUCUCGAGUUUGAAAGCAAAAAGGGAGCAUCAAAAAUUCCAACAUGUACAAAAAAGAAAUAUCAUUUUAGUCACUUCUGUUGCAAGGACAUAAAAUUUUUGAGGCUGAAGUGCUUCAGAAAAAUCGCUGAAAGUCAUUCUGUCAUAAUAUGGUUCUGUGUUUUGACUGGACCUCUUAGAUAAUCUCAGAUCCCGGACACACACAUAUACAUAAAUAAUCCAUAUACUGAUGUGUGUAUAUAUCACAUGAAUAUAUUAGCAUAGCUUUAGUCAUGCAAAUAAUACUCUAUAUGAGAAUAAUGAUGCAUCAUUUAUUUUUGAUGUGCAUUGUUGUGCAGUUUCAUAUGGAAAUACUUUGGAAUAACUCAGGUUUUAGCCAUGAAGUAAUUAAUCUGUUUGUCUAUUCUAUCAAGAUAUUGUAAUCUCCGUCGCCAUCGCUUGGAAUGAAUGUAUUAUCUCCUUAGAAAUGCAUCUUCUGUUUGAGGAAUUGAGCUUUAUGUUUUGGUAAAAAAAAAAAGAAAAGAAAAAAAAAAGUACAAUGUGCUGAUUUUGUGUGAGUGUGUGUGUGUGUGUGUGUGUGUGUGUGUUUUCCAUGUAAAAAGGAAAAGAAAAAAAAACAUGCAGAUGUGUUGUGUAUUUUCUCUAUCUGCUCCUCCUUUGAAGCAAAAAGAAUGAUCACCUUCAUCCCCACAAUUAUCUUUUUAUCACAUACACAUGGACAGUCUAGUAUGAUUCAUGAUGUCAAGAGGGAUGUAACAGCCAUCCAAGUGCACCUACCCCUGUAGUGUAGGAGUUGCCCUGUUGAUCCCCUUUGCUCUUUUGCAGAGGGUUCAGGCCACUUAGCCGGCCCCUGUCAAUAGAGCCGGCUGCUCUCACUCCUGCCAAACACUCUUGGCUUCUCUUAAUGGCAGCCAAACGAGCUUCUGCCACCUCUUACUUCACUGGGCUGUGAUCCAGUCGGAGGACCGGAGCUCUCUGAAUUAAACAGAUCUGCCAGAAGUUUAAGCUGUUAACAGCCAUCUGCUGCUCCUGCCAGGUGUCAGCUAGUUAAAAGGCCAGAAAUAUGUACUGAGUGUGUGUCUGUGUCUGAGACGAUCGCACUGGCCGAGUGACCUGAGCUUUCACAGACAGAUUAAGAAUUGUCACAUGUGGAGAGCAGCAGCUGAGCUGGACACCAAUCUGAAACAAAUUGCAAGUGCUCACACACAGAGACACACACAAAUAAAACAACAGGGCUGGGACAAAAAGGCAUUUUAACAAAUCAUGACAAAAUUAACAUUUAACAUCAACAAUGUUAUAAUUUUAAAAACAGCGUUCGAGCUGUCAAAUGCUUCCCUGUUUUUCAGAUGCAAGACAGGUGCACAUCUACUAAGUGAAGUGUGUGCUCUGCUAGAGUCAAAUUAACAUAUAAAAUGGCAUAGAGGCACUCAAAGGACAGAAAGUUUGCUGUUUAAACUUGGUCCAAAUGGCCAGUGUCCAAAGUGGAGUGAAAAGGCUGCUGUUAUAAAAGAGGAGCAGGACGUGAUGUGUGAAACAGCACACACUUACGGACAGUCUCCUCUGGAAGGCAUUCAUGGUGUCGCGCUUGGUUGUAGACAGCCUGUUAAACGAUCUUCAUCCGAAGCAUACUGAGGACGUUAAGCUGACACAUUUCAGCCAAAUGAAGGCUUGUUUAUCUCAACCUAAGAAAUAAAAUGGUAAACUGAGGCCAGAGUAUUGAGAUUUCUUUUUUGUGCCAGUAUUCUACUUUUUGUGUGCCUGUAGUUUUUGUUAGUGCUAGAGGGAGCAACUAAUGUAAGAGCAUUUACUUGAUGAAAUGAAUAUAAACAGUACCAGCUUUACAAAUGAUCUUAAAAAUUGCUUGUGUUAUCUGAAAGUGUUAACAUCGUGUUUGUUGUCCUGCUUCUCCUCCUUAAAAUGCUGUCACAUUUCAGGCAAGGUAGAGAGUAGCAAUGCAAGAAGACAUAGCUCAGUCCCACCACAGCUCACGGCUCAGAUAGUCACAGCGGUGCGCAUCAACUGAAACAGUGCGUCCCCAAAUUACAACAGCUCCUGAAUGUCAUACAGAAUCGCUAUUAUUACUAACCAAUUACUGUUUGCAUAAGUGGUCGGCACUGAGAAAGUUUAUAGUUUUUUUUUUUUUUUUUUAACAGAUUUCACUCGAGAUGGUUGAGUGGUCCCAGCCCUAGCAUGUCCACAGACAAACAUAUUCAAACACACAGUACAAAGUAUUCUCUAGCUGUGUAAGGUAAAUACUUUUCCAUUCGUCACUGUUUGUGUGGAUGUGUUAAUAUUUGGAGCAUUAAGUGCAGAAUUCUUUUUGUGUUAGAGUCAAACAAUCUCACUGGAGUGUUCUUCAUUUCUCUACAAGCAGGACUCUGCUUUUUAUUUGCUUGUGCCCUCUCUCUGACAUUGCAGUGCUGGCCUACGGUUUGUCUGGCACAGACAAGUGCUCUCUCAGCCUGAGUCACGCAUUACAUGUUUUCACUACAGAUUUCAAAUUCAACUGUUACACAACUCUUCAUGUCAUUGAGCCAUUUUAAUUCCAGCAGAAGCAUUAAGCUGCCAAAUUCUCAAAGAUGUUGCCCUUAACAGCUGCUGGGUUUAAUGGAAUUUUUUUUUUUCUGGCAUAAUUUUCAUAUCAGAGAAAUGGACGCUGGUCAGUUUGAGGCAAAGUUGUGAUUGGAUGGAUUCUGCCAAUUCAGGAAGUUCCUCUUUAGAAAGGUAACCGUACAUCUUGUGCCACAGAAAACAUAGAAGAAAAUCUCAUAUGCAGUCUAUACAGAAAUUACUGGUAAUCAAUGUUUUUUUUUAACUUAUUGGGCUGAACUGAACAUGAUGUGAAGAGCACUCUGACUCAGGAGUUUGAGAGAGCUUUCUUGUUUUCCUCCUCACCGGAAAUCUAAUUAAAGAUGCAAACAUG